AUGCUGGUUGAAUACAGUGCUCCUGAUGCUAUGAGCAGUUUUGCUUACCUUCAUAGUAAUGAAACCAGCAUCUUGCCCUCAAGUGAAGAUAAUCCUAUCCCUGUCUCUAUGGAAAAUCACCUUACUCUGGUGGAGGCUCUCUCUGUAGAGCCAACUUCCUCCACUGAAGUACCUCCAGAGAAUCCUGCUGACAUAGGAGCUUGCUAUGACACUCUCUCCGAAUUUCUUCUGUCUCAUGAGUUUCAGCGAGGAUCCAUAGACUCCACCCUUUUUAUCUAUAGAAAGGGUGUUCAUGUUCUCUAUGUACAAAUAUAUGUCGAUGACAUCAUAUUUGGAUCCUCCAGUAAGAAACUUUGCAACAAAUUUAGCUCACUAAUGUCCUCUCAUUUUGAAAUGAGUAUGGUGGGUGAGUUAACCUUCUUCCUUGGUUUACAAAUUCGCCAGCUCACUGAUGGCAUCUUCAUAAACCAAGAAAAAUAUACUCGAGACAUGCUGGCCAAAUUUGAUAUGUCUAAUAUCACCACCAAGUCUACUCCCAUGUCUCCUCCAAACAAUCUCCAUGCUGACCCUGAAGGUAAGCAUGUGAAUCCCACAUUCUAUCGUGGAAUGAUUGGCUCACUGAUGUAUCUCACAGCGAGUCGUCCUGAUAUCAUGUUUGCUACUUGCCUUUGUCCAAGAUAUCAAGCAUCUCCCAGGGAGUCUCAUCUCCUUGCUGUCAAGCGUAUCUUCAAAUAUCUCAAAGGGACUUCCUCUUUAGGUCUCUGGUAUCCCAAUGAGUCUUCCUUUGACUUAGUUGCAUACUCUAACUCUGACUAUGCUGGCUGCAUGUUAGAUAGGAAAAGUACCAGUGGUGGAUGUCAACUGCUGGGGGGAAGGCUGACUAGUUGGUCUAGUAAGAAACAGCAUACAGUUUCCAUCUCCACUGCUGAAGCAGAGUAUGUGUCUGCAGCAAGUUGUUGUGCACAAGUCCUCUGGAUGAGAAACCAACUUGCUGACUAUGACCUAAACUUUUCCAAGAUCCCCAUCAUGUGUGAUAACACAAGUGCUAUUGCUAUCACACAUAAUCCUGUUCAGCAUUCCAAAACUAAACAUAUUGACAUCAGGUAUCACUUCAUUCGUGAUCAUGUCAUGAAAGGGGAUGUUGAAAUUUACUUCAUCCCCACUGAUGACCAACUUGCUGAUAUAUUC